CUAAAACUCAGGAUGGUGUGGCCUUAGAGAUCCAGCCCCUGAAGAGCCAGGAAGGGGUGGAAAAUGAGGAGAAGGAGAAGAAGAAGGUGAAGGUGCCCAAGAAGGAGAAGUCUGUGCUGCAAGGGAAGCUCACGCGCCUGGCAGUCCAGAUCGGGAAGGCGGGGCUGAUCAUGUCGGCCAUCACAGUCAUCAUCUUGGUGCUGUACUUUGUGAUCGACACGUUUGGGGUGCAGGGGCGGCCUUGGCUGGCGGAGUGCACCCCCAUUUACAUCCAGUACUUUGUUAAGUUCUUCAUCAUCGGUGUCACCGUCUUGGUGGUGGCUGUGCCUGAAGGGCUCCCGCUGGCGGUCACCAUCUCCCUGGCCUACUCCGUGAAGAAAAUGAUGAAGGACAACAACCUCGUGAGACACCUGGACGCGUGUGAGACCAUGGGCAAUGCCACCGCCAUCUGCUCAGACAAGACGGGCACGCUCACCAUGAACCGCAUGACUGUGGUGCAGGCCUACGUGGGGGACACCCACUACCGCCAGAUCCCCGACCCUGAAGCCAUCCUGCCCAAGAUCCUGGACCUCAUAGUCAACGGUGUCGCCAUCAACUCUGCCUACACAUCCAAGAUCCUGCCACCCGAGAAGGAAGGGGGGCUACCCCGGCAAGUGGGGAACAAGACCGAAUGCGCCCUCCUGGGUUUCGUGCUGGACCUGAAGCAGGAUUACCAGGCUGUGCGGAACGAGGUGCCGGAGGAGAAGCUCUAUAAGGUCUACACGUUCAACUCGGUGCGCAAGUCCAUGAGCACGGUGCUGAAGAACGGCAACGGCGGCUUCCGCAUGUACAGCAAGGGAGCCUCAGAGAUCAUCCUCCGCAAGUGCACCAGGAUCCUGGACAAGAACGGUGACCCCCGGGUGUUCAAAGUGAAGGACCGGGAUGAGAUGGUGAAGAAGGUGAUAGAGCCCAUGGCCUGCCAUGGGCUGCGCACCAUCUGCCUGGCCUUCCGUGACUUCUCCGCCGAUGCCGAGCCGGACUGGGACAGUGAGAACGAGAUCCUGUCUGACCUGACCUGCAUCGCUGUGGUUGGGAUAGAGGACCCUGUGCGGCCAGAGGUGCCAGACGCCAUCCUGAAGUGCCAGCGUGCGGGGAUCACCGUCCGGAUGGUGACGGGGGACAACAUCAACACCGCCCGUGCCAUCGCCACCAAGUGUGGCAUCCUGCUGCCAGGGGAGGACUUCUUGUGCCUGGAGGGGAAGGAGUUCAACCGGCUCAUCCGCAACGAGAAGGGAGAGGUAGAACAGGAGCAGCUGGAUAAGAUCUGGCCCAAGCUGCGUGUGCUGGCCCGCUCCUCCCCGACAGAUAAGCACACGCUUGUGAAAGGAAUUAUCGACAGCACCGUUGGUGAGCAGAGGCAGGUGGUGGCCGUGACUGGGGACGGGACCAACGACGGUCCGGCUUUGAAGAAAGCUGACGUUGGGUUCGCCAUGGGCAUCGCAGGCACGGACGUGGCAAAGGAGGCUUCGGACAUCAUCCUGACGGAUGAUAAUUUCACCAGCAUCGUCAAGGCCGUGAUGUGGGGACGCAACGUCUACGACAGCAUCUCCAAGUUCCUGCAGUUCCAGCUGACCGUUAACGUCGUGGCCGUCAUCGUGGCCUUCACGGGCGCCUGCAUCACGCAGGACUCUCCCCUGAAGGCUGUCCAGAUGCUGUGGGUGAACCUGAUCAUGGACACCUUCGCCUCCUUAGCCCUGGCCACGGAGCCCCCGUCCGAAUCCCUGCUGCUGCGCAAGCCGUACGGCCGCAACAAACCGCUCAUCUCCCGCACCAUGAUGAAGAACAUCCUGGGGCAUGCGGUGUACCAGCUAACCAUCAUUUUCACGCUGCUUUUUGCGGGGGAGAAGUUUUUUGACAUCGACAGUGGCCGAAACGCCCCGCUCCACUCCCCACCCACCGAGCACUACACCAUCGUCUUCAACACCUUUGUCAUGAUGCAGUUGUUCAACGAGAUCAAUGCACGCAAGAUCCACGGGGAAAGGAACGUCUUCGAGUCCAUCUACCGCAACCCCAUCUUCUGCACAGUGGUGCUGGGGACAUUUGCAGCUCAGAUCAUCAUUGUGGAGUUUGGUGGGAAGCCAUUCAGCUGCUCCGGGCUCACCCUGAGCCAGUGGUUCUGGUGUAUUUUUAUCGGAGUGGGAGAGCUCCUCUGGGGCCAGCUGAUCUGCACUGUCCCAACCAGCCACCUGAAGUUCCUGAAGGAAGCUGGGCAUGGCAUCACCAAGGAGGAGAUCCCAGAGGAGGAGCUGCCUGAAGACGUGGAUGAGAUCGACCAUGCUGAAAUGGAGCUGCGGCGCGGGCAGAUCCUGUGGUUCAGGGGUCUCAACAGGAUACAGACACAGAUGGACGUAGUUUACACAUUCCAGACCGGCGCCUCCUCUUUGCAGGGAGCCCUCAGGAGACAGCCUUCCAUCGUGAGCCAGCACCACGAUGUAAAAAAUGUUUCUAGCCCAACCCAUAUCAAAGUGGUGAAUGCGUUCCGUAGCUCCUUGUACGAAGGCCUCGAGAAACCCGAAUCCAGAAGCUCCAUCCAUAACUUCAUGACUCACCCAGAGUUCAUCCUGGAGGAAGACGAGCCUCGAACACCAUUCCUUGAUGGCGCUGAAGACGACCCCGAGACUGACGGACUCAAAAAGCGAG